AGAGCCACGUAACGCCUGCGCAGUGUGGCAAGGCCUGAGACACCAGGGGAAUCGCGAAAGCUGUAGUUCUAAUUCCCCUGAUCCCCAGUUUGGGCUUGUCCUGGUCCUCGGAAUACUGUUAGCGUGCGCUCCGUCCUUCGUUUUUCUCGGUUCCCUCGACCCGCGUAACCGCAGUCUUCUGGUUCCGCUUGGAGAUUUUUGCUUAUACUCGGGUUUCCAUGGCAGCUCGUCCCUGUUGCACUGAAUCUGUGGGGGGAUCUGUGACCGCUUCGACGGAAACUUGAGAGCUAAAUCGAGCUCAGGCAUUUUGUGCUUUAUUGAGAAUCCUAGAACGUUAGUGCUUAUUGAAGUUUUGGGAGAUGUUUAACAGGUUCAGGGAAGUCAUUUCUCAAAGUUAAUAUCAGAUCUAAGACCAGGAAACAAAUUUCUUAACUUACUGUCCUGUACUUUUUGUACCACAUUAUGUUUGUCCAUUGGGGAAAAUAAAAGCAGAAAUAAUAAGCAGUUUGGAAUUGCUGAAGGUUAGACUCUGAAACUUACAGGACCUUCCAAAAACUCGGAGAGGUGUGAGGAAAGCUAUUGAGAGUCCACCAGUCUACUUUUCCAAGAGACAGCCAUGCAUAGAGAAGAAUUUCAUCUGAAAUUUUUCAUGUGUGUGAUUCAAUCUCGGCAGUUAGUCAGCACUCCUCAGAGAACAGCUGGGGAAGCUUCAACUUCCAGCAUACAGAAGCCACCACCAGACACAGAUGUCUUGAAGAGUAUAUACACUGUGGAUGAUGCAGAUACCAUGGAAGGCAUACCUAUUGUGAAACAUGAUUGGAUCAUGACCCAUGAAGAGCACCAUGCAGCCAAGACCCUGGGGAUUGGCAAAGCCAUUGCUGUGCUAACCUCUGGUGGAGAUGCCCAAGGUAUGAAUGCUGCUGUUAGGGCUGUGGUUCGUGUUGGAAUCUUUACUGGAGCCCGUGUCUUCUUUGUCCAUGAGGGUUAUCAAGGCCUGGUGGAUGGCGGAGACCACAUCAGGGAAGCCACCUGGGAGAGUGUUUCGAUGAUGCUCCAGCUGGGAGGCACAGUGAUUGGAAGUGCCCGGUGCAAGGACUUUCGGGAGCGAGAGGGAAGACUUCGUGCUGCCCAAAACUUGGUGAAGCGUGGGAUUACCAAUCUGUGUGUUAUUGGGGGUGAUGGCAGUCUCACUGGGGCUGACACCUUCCGCUCUGAGUGGAGUGGCUUGUUGAGUGACCUCCAGAAAUCUGGUAAGAUCACAGCUGAGGAGGCCAAGAAAUCCAGCUACCUGAACAUCGUGGGCCUGGUGGGCUCCAUUGACAAUGACUUUUGCGGCACUGAUAUGACCAUUGGUACUGACUCUGCCCUGCACCGGAUCAUAGAGAUUGUAGAUGCUAUCACCACCACUGCUCAGAGCCACCAGAGGACAUUUGUGCUAGAAGUGAUGGGCCGGCACUGUGGCUACCUGGCCCUUGUUACCUCUCUUUCCUGUGGGGCUGACUGGGUUUUUAUUCCUGAAUGUCCACCAGAUGAUGACUGGGAGGAACAUCUUUGUCGCCGGCUCAGUGAGACAAGGACACGUGGCUCUCGUCUCAACAUCAUCAUUGUGGCUGAGGGUGCCAUUGACAAGAAUGGGAAACCAAUCACCUCAGAAGACAUCAAGAAUCUGGUGGUGAAACGUCUGGGAUAUGAUACCCGGGUCACCGUCUUAGGGCAUGUGCAGCGGGGUGGAACCCCAUCAGCCUUUGACCGAAUCCUGGGCAGCAGGAUGGGUGUAGAAGCAGUGAUGGCACUUUUGGAGGGGACCCCAGACACCCCAGCCUGUGUAGUGAGCCUCUCUGGUAACCAGGCUGUGCGCCUGCCCCUCAUGGAAUGUGUACAGGUGACCAAAGAUGUGACCAAGGCCAUGGAUGAGAAGAAAUUUGAUGAAGCCAUGAAGUUGAGAGGCCGGAGUUUCAUGAACAACUGGGAAGUGUACAAGCUUCUGGCUCAUGUCAGGCCCCCAGUAUCUAAGACUGGUUUGCACACAGUGGCUGUGAUGAAUGUGGGGGCCCCGGCCGCAGGAAUGAAUGCUGCUGUUCGCUCCACUGUGAGGAUUGGCCUCAUCCAGGGCAACCGAGUGCUGGUCGUGCAUGAUGGCUUCGAGGGUCUGGCCAAGGGUCAGAUUGAGGAGGCUGGUUGGAGCUACGUCGGGGGCUGGACUGGCCAAGGUGGUUCUAAACUUGGGACUAAAAGGACACUGCCCAAGAAGAGCUUUGAACAGAUCAGUGCUAACAUUACAAAGUUUAACAUUCAGGGCCUUAUCAUCAUCGGAGGCUUUGAGGCUUACACGGGGGGCCUGGAGCUGAUGGAGGGCAGGAAGCAGUUCGACGAGCUCUGUAUCCCCUUUGUGGUCAUUCCUGCUACGGUCUCCAACAACGUCCCUGGCUCAGACUUCAGCAUCGGGGCGGACACAGCACUGAACACGAUUUGCACGACCUGUGACCGCAUCAAGCAGUCAGCGGCAGGCACCAAGCGCCGGGUGUUUAUCAUCGAGACCAUGGGCGGCUACUGCGGCUACCUGGCCACCAUGGCAGGGCUGGCAGCGGGGGCUGAUGCUGCCUACAUUUUUGAGGAGCCCUUUACCAUCCGAGACCUGCAGGCAAAUGUUGAACAUCUGGUGCAAAAGAUGAAAACAACUGUGAAAAGGGGUUUGGUGUUAAGGAAUGAGAAGUGCAAUGAGAACUAUACCACCGACUUCAUUUUCAACCUGUACUCUGAGGAGGGAAAGGGCAUCUUCGACAGCAGGAAGAACGUGCUUGGCCACAUGCAGCAGGGUGGGAGCCCAACCCCAUUUGACAGAAAUUUUGCCACUAAGAUGGGUGCCAAAGCUAUGAACUGGAUGUCCGGGAAAAUCAAAGAGAGCUACCGUAACGGACGGAUCUUUGCCAAUACCCCAGACUCUGGCUGUGUCCUGGGGAUGCGUAAGAGGGCCCUGGUUUUUCAACCUGUGACUGAGUUGAAGGACCAGACAGAUUUUGAGCAUCGCAUCCCCAAGGAACAGUGGUGGCUGAAGCUGAGGCCCAUCCUCAAAAUUCUAGCCAAGUAUGAGAUUGACUUGGACACCUCAGAGCAUGCCCACCUGGAGCACAUCAGUCGGAAGCGGUCUGGAGAAGCUCCUGUCUAAACCUCUUUGGAGCCAGGGGGAAUGGUCUGAUUACAGUCAACUUACCUGCUGACAGAUUUAAGUCCAUCUAUUCUCAAGUGUUUUAGCUCUUUUUUCAUUUGGUUUCCUUUUCUUCUGUAACUGUGGCCAUGAUCAACUCUGGCAGGGGGCAAAUUAGAAGCUCCUUUUGUUAGAAUUUGUGGUGACUUCUACCCCAGCUUCAUCUUGUCACACAAGGCUGGGCUCCUCUAGUGUUACUGCUACAUUUCAGUUACUCGGUUAAAAUUUUCCUAAAAGUAAGCUUUAUUUAUUUCUUUGUGAUAACCAAGUCUCCAUUCCCCUACAACUUUCACUACAGUGGCAAAAAAAAAAUAACUACACUAAUAAAUGCCAACUGGUCACU